UCCAGUACUAUGGCCUCUGUUUUACCUGAAGCACCGCUGUCGGUGAUUAACUGGGGAAAGUUGAAGUCGGGCGAUCCAGACGAAGGCAGGAGACUGCUCGCUGCAUGCGAGGGACAGGGUUUCUUUUACCUGGACUUGAGCAGUGCGCCUGCCUUCUUGCAAGACCACAAGUCAGUCCUGCGCUUUAUGGAGGAUUAUUUUCAUCAAGACUUGACUGAAAAGAUGAAGGACGACCGACGGAGCGAUACGCAUGGAUAUGAGCCGGUCGCUACCUCCACCGGAGCCAUGAUGUCGUUACCUGAUUACUAUGAAUCGCUGAAGGCGUCGCGUGACGAGCUGCAUAGCGAUAGUAGCGCCCUGGCCCCGGGGAUUCGCAAACACAAGGAUCUUUUCCAUCGAUUCGGUAACAUGACCCAUGAGGUCUCUAUGGUUGUCUUGCAGGAGCUCGACCGCCAGCUCGGAUUGGGCGGCGAGCGUGCCUCGUUCAAGGAAUUCCAUCGUGAAGAGGCCGAGUCCCUCACCACACUGUCAAUGUUCCGCUAUCCCAAGCAGGAGACACUCGACAUUGGGGUGGGCCACAAUAAGCAUACGGACAUUGGAACCCUGACAUUCCUCCUGUGUGAGCAGUGGGGACUGCAGGUGCUAUCCAAAGCCCCUGCGGGAUGGCGAUUCGUGGCUCCGCGGGAAGGCCAUGCGGUGAUCAACGUGGGCGAUACGCUUCGCUUCCUAUCAGGCAACCGCUUUCGGUCGGCUGUGCAUAGGGUUAUUCCCACACAGCGUCUGCAGCACGAGGACCGCUACAGCAUUGCAUACUUUUUGCGAGCGGCAAAUGAUACCAUAUUCACUGAUAGCACGGGCCGGAAUAUAUCGGCUAAGCAAUGGCAUGAUGAGAAGUUCGACGUAUUCCGGGAGACGCGCGAAGAGCAGGAGAGACGGCCGAUUCUUACGGGUGGAAUGGAACGUCAAGAAGCCAUUGUGGUCUGA